AUGCCUAGAUAUCUAAGAGCCGAUGCAACUCCCCUUUCACCUGAAGCAAUUUGCGAGAUUAUGAAUGCUAAAUAUACAAAAAAUGUAUUAUCAGUUUUAGUCAAAAAGUAUAAAAUAUCAAAUACACGUAUUUAUAAAAUUUGGAGAGGACAAGAAUACUAUGCUGGUCUUACAUUUAAGGUUGAUCAAAAUCAAAAUAUUGAUUGGGAUAAAGAAAUCGAAAAAUGGCUCCAUAUUGUAGAAUUGGUCAAGAAUUCGUCUGCACCAACAAUAUUACCUGAGAAUCCUAACCGAACUGAUGAAAAUACUUUGCAUCUAGAAUCUAGUGUUGCGCCUAUUAAUCUUCCAGUACCUGUAGUUGUAGGAGAUACAAAAAAGAGGAACACAAAUCC